AUAAAAUUUUGUUUGAUAUGAUAAAAUUUGGAUGUUAAGAUCUGAAAAGAUCAAGAACUUUAUAGAAAAAAAACAAUACAGAAGUUGAAGCUUAUAUUUUAUAUGGAAUAUUUUAGCCACACAAUCAGGUUCCAAGCCAAGAAUCUAACAUAAAAAAAGAAAUAUAACUUAAAUCUUGAACAAGAAUACCUUACUUUCACCAAAGAAACAGAUAUACUCACUUCCUAGGCCCACAUUUAAUGUUGAAAUAUACAAAUAUAAACAUUGGUUUUAUGAUAGUUGGUACAAUCUUUUGUGGUCAAUCGUUCACAAAUACAUAAACAUCAUGGGGAUGGUCAUGAGUUACAUGGGUGGAACAGGUGAAGGAAUAGCAUCCCAAACUUUAACACUAGUAUCAGGAGCACUCUAUGAUCAAUUUAUGAAGAAAGAAAUCAAAAGCUUUGAUGCUUUUCACACUGCCGUUCUUGAUAUCUUCAUCACUAUCAAUAUGGCCUUGCCUGGUAAGCAUUAUGAUGUACCAUCAAACAAGGAAAUUGAGGACUUUUUUAAACUAUGGAAUGAAACCAAUGAAAAAAAUAAGAAUAAGAUUUUCAGUGACUUCAUGAUGAAGAAUGUCAAUCUUAGCAAAGUAGAUGAUGCUAUGAUGAUUACUGGAAUAGUGGCACCUCCAGCAGCUAUGAUAGCUAAGAGAACAGGACAAUCUGUGCCUCAGCUAAGUGUUAUGAAAGCCAUUCCUGAUGUUAUCUUUGUACCAACAGCUACAAUUUUGGCUCUCAUUGCUGUUAAGGUCACCAAAAGAAUGGCAUUCAAGAAGUUGCAUCCUACUUAGAUUUCCCUCUUAAUGUAUGAGAAGCAAUAUAAUUUCCAAUUGCUUGUGAUUAAUUAUGCAAUAUUAAGUUUAAUGUUUCAUGCCAUUCUUGUCAUUUCCAAUACAAAUAAUUGUGAGACUAGAGCAA